GGCUUGUUGCUACGAUAUCCUGUAUAAUACAUCUGGGUUGUGCUGUUUCUGUUCUUGCCUCUAAUAUCUCGCGAUCGGGAGGUUAUCCCCUACGUUCGAAAAGUUCUCUCGUCCACGACCUGUUUUUGAUUGCCAGCGUGAUUCGAAUUCCUAUGCACGUUUCUCGAUAAUGUAUCACUACACCACUCCACCUCCCGGGUGGUCCUACGACUAUACGACCUCUCCUCCCACGUCUCCUCACUACGCCUACUACGCGUCCCCCUUCGCCAAUGCUUACGGCUCGCCGCGCGGCCCUUCGAAGCGUCACAACCGCAAAGCCAGCUACGCCGGUCCCAAAGAAACCGCCGGAUGGUAUGCUGGGUAUGGGCAAGGAUUCUACGAAGCGAUGCCAGAAUAUGGCACGCCACCGCGCAAGCACGAUCCUGUGCCUGCCCAAGAAGACGCUGAUGCGGCCAAGCGAUCUCGGGCGCGCCGUCAAUCCACUUCCACCCGCACGCCCAACAAGCCAAAGCCGUCCGCUCCCACCUCCAAGCCGGCCCCCAAAGCCACAGAAGCCGACGCUGCCCGAGCAGGGAUCCCCCCGGGCUACUCGAUCAAGAACUGGGACCCGACGGAGAUGCCGAUCAUUCUUCUGGGCAGUGUCUUCGACGCGAACUCACUGGGCAAGUGGAUCUACGAUUGGACCGUGUUCACGCAUGGGGCCUCGACGCCCAUGGCGGACGUGGCGGGCGACCUGUGGCUGCUGUUGAUCAAAUUGGCCGGGAAGGUGAAGAGAGCCGACGAAUGUCUCGACCGCAUCCGGCGCCCCGAGGCGCAGGAGGUCGUGGAGGAUUUCCUGCAGAGUGGGGAACGCCUGUGGGCGCGGUUCAAGAAGCUGCUCAAAACCUGUGAGCAGUUUAUGUGGAAGGCGGCCAAGCGGGAAGGGGGCAAGGGCUCUGUGUCGAUGGGCCGCAAUGCCGGCUGUGAGUUUGUCGAGACGAUCUUUGGCCGGGAUCGCGAGCUGGAGAGUACGGAGAAGCUGAUGAACAGCAUCCGUUUGUGGAACAUGCGGUUUGACGCCAACUGCGAAGAGAUUCUCCGUCGCCCGUCGGCUGCCUAGGUUUCUUUCUACUGCGACUGCGACUACGACUCUUAAAAGCAAUAUCUGAUUUGUUUGUUCUGGUUUUUUUGUGGUAUUUACACGGGAGCUUUUGACAGCACUAUCCGCAUUACGCAGGAUUACAGGAUACAUGUGCAGUUGUUGCCGACUUACACU